AUGGCCGACGAACGCAGACAAGCUCUCACCCGCAUCAUCGGCGAGCGCCUCUCCAACUGCUUCGGCCUCGGAAAUGCUGCGGAUCAGUGCGUGGCCGUGAAGGGCGAAAAUGAUGAGGAGUGCCUCCAGCUGGAAUCCCUCCGCCUGCACUGCUUUGCUGAGCUGCUGUGCCCCCAGCAAGCGCAGCGAGCUGUGACGUGUCUGCAGACGCGGCGAAACCCCUCCCUGUGCCAGGACGACAUCAAGGCCCUUCGCGCCUGCACCGGGCCGGCGUUCGAUCACUUCGUGGACCGCUACCCGCAGCACUCGCUGGGUGACGCUUCCAAGUGCCAGGUCGAGCUGAAGGAGGUGGACCUCUGCGUGGGCUCCGUCAUCUGCCCCGCCGAGGGCCGCACGCUCGGCGAGUGCCUCCGCAACGGCACCGAGGACUCGUGCGCGUCGCAGCGUCAGGCGUUCAGCGCGUGCGUGGCCGAGGGCCGGCUCAAGUUCUGGGAGGAGCUCGGCAUCCCCGUCAACGAGUUCGCCGCCAAGCAGUGA